AUGACGACCCCUAACAAAGGAAGCAAGGCCUUGAAGGUGAAGCGGGAGCCGGGGGAGAAUGGCACCAGCCUGACAGACGAGGAGCUGGUGAGCAUGUCUGUGCGCGAGCUGAACCAGCACCUGCGCGGCCUCUCCAAGGAGGAGAUUGUCCAGCUGAAGCAGCGGCGACGCACGCUCAAGAACCGCGGCUACGCAGCCAGCUGCCGCGUGAAGCGCGUGACGCAGAAGGAGGAGCUGGAGAAGCAGAAGGCCGAGCUGCAGCAGGAGGUGGAGAAGCUGGCCUCCGAGAACGCCAGCAUGAAGCUCGAGCUCGACGCGCUGCGCUCCAAGUACGAGGCCCUGCAGAACUUCGCCAGGACCGUGGCCCGCAGCCCCGUGGCGCCGGCCCGGGGGCCCCUCACCGCUGGCCUGGGGCCCCUUGUCCCAGGGAAGGUGGCCGCCACCAGUGUCAUCACGAUAGUGAAGUCCAAGACGGACGCCCGCUCGUAG